AUGGAGGUUAUGGAAGAAGGGAAUUUAAUGGACAGAGUUCCAGUACUGUUACAACGUGACUUACAAUUCUAUCAGACCCAUCAACGAGUAUUGCAAGAGCGCAUUUGCCUUGGAGUGGUCGGUGGAAAAUUGGACUUUCCACGUUAUGCCUCUUUUGCCGCAAUUAAAAUUGUGUUAUGGUGGGAAGAUGAAUACUAUGCUUCCUAUCAAAAGCAUUCCGGACUAUUGCAUUCAGAGCUAGAUUUGUUGGCCCAUGACCCUGCGGCAGUUAUUGUAAAAACCUCAGAUCCUGAAAAAUUUGUAAACUUGGUCACGAGGUCCGCUGAUAUGCUCUUGGAACAUCUGCAUAUUCUUUCACAGGAGUCAUUGGAUCAUGCAGAUUUAUCAGUAUUGACAGCAACUAUUGGUGCUGCAGCACUAAUAAAGAAUUGCCUGAAUUUUUACAUGAAAGCAGCUAAUGUAAAAGUUUAUCGACCGAAGGGAAAUGAAAAGGGUGGAGCAUUGCGAUUAUCUUAUAAGCAAUAUUUUCAAAUGGCAGAAGCGUUGGCUGAAAGGCUACUAGAUUUGCACUGCAGAUUAUUGCUACUUUACAUCAUACAAGAUGCUGAUUGCCUACACUGGGAAAAUAGUCAACCAUUUUUUGAAUCUGAACGCGGCUCAUAUACAAUACAAAUGUGGUGGCACUACAUUCAAGGCAUCAAGGAUGACCUGUGGAAUUCGGUGCCGCCAAAGAUGGCGCAACGUAUUUUUGCUGGUAUUUUAAAUGAAACACUAAGUGUACUCACGGCUCGGUACUCUCUAAUCUUAACUAGCGUUGAAAGAGCUCAAUUACACUUGGCCGAUAUCUCUAACAUGCUGUUUUGUGUAGCCGAACUGUUACCUUAUAUAUGCGAGAGUGGCGAAGCAUACAUUGGUCUGCAGCUACCCAACCAAAGUGCCAUUAUCCGUGACGUGCACGCCAAGUGUCGCGAGCUCUUUUACUGUCUGCUAUUGCGUGGUGCACCAUUAGGAGUGCUCUCAAAGCUUUGCCGUAAAAAUAUUGAAAAUAUGGAGAUGUUUUCAUCGAGGCAAGGACUACCUUGCGCUUGGAUUUUAUUUGCUUCACCACGUCUUUUUUCAACCGAUAAAACUUUCCAGUGGGUUACGGAAUUCGGAGAUCUGAGUGCGCGCAUUGCAAUUUCAUUGGAAUUGAAAGUGCUUUUGGCAUUUCCCGAAGCAGAUUGGGCAUAUUUACUAAAGGUACUUUUGAUGCGCAAUGCCCAGGUGAUUGGAAUAAUCCUCCGUCAUAUAUUUUCGCAUUUGCCGUCACCAGAAAAUUUCAAAAAUGAGAAUAGUAUAUUUUUCGGCGAUUUCAGUCAACGUAAGAAAUGUGAAGCGUUUUUGUGCCGGAAUGAAUGUUUAGAUGUAUCCGAAGAAUUGAAGAACUGUUCAGAUCCCAUUGGUCAGUCGAAUUAUCAAAUCGCACUAUCAUUAACCUACUUGUUGGUGGCUGUUGGAAAAGCUGUCGAUAUUAAAUCAUGUCUAGUAAAAACCUUGGAAGAAAGUUGUGCUGGUUGGAGUGAUUGCCUGGACAAACGGCAAGUUUGGAAUCAAAAACGCCCACCGUGGUUGGAAGCAAUUAUGCAUUUCGUUUAUCCUGUACUGAAUUGCAUUGUUGAAAUGCUAGUUAAUGCCGUCGAAGCGGGUGCCAGUAUGUAUCAAGCAAUGUCGUUGGCGCUAACCUGUGUUUCAGAAAUGUGGGAUUGCAUUCCGGAAAGCCUCUACAAAGUUACGAUUUUAUUGCAAGACAUUAUACCGGUUUCAACGCGUCCACUUGGUGAUUCGGUACUGAUGCAAGUGGUGUUUGCGGCUUUAUAUACCCAUCUAAUUAGGAAGGUGAAGACUUAUGAAACGGAAAAUAAAAUGGAGAAGGCAUCAAUAUGCUAUUCAAUAUCGGAAGCUAUAUGCUGUAUUGACGAAGAUGACAAGCACACGGAUCAAAUUGACUUAUUUCUAAAACAAGCUAGAGAUUCUAUAUCCGUUGAAACUAACUUUGAAUAUAACAAUGGUGUACGCAGUUGGAUAAGCACCUUAAGUACCGUUAAGAUCGAUGACAUAAAUACAACGCAUUCCGAACGAUUUGCCCAAAGCCCUCCAAUAAAUUAUGCUACGGAGUUAGAUGUGGGUAUGACAGAUUAUAUAGCCGAUAUAUUAGUGAGUGAUGUUCUUACGACCAAUAUUGGAAAACAAGCAUUGAAGACUAGUUAUAGAUAUCUGAAGAAUAAUGCUGAUUGGUUAAUGGAACAGAUGGCUACAGGUGUUUCCCUGAAUGGCCCCUAUUUAGGGCAGAAUAUCAAUGAACCGAAAGAUUCCAUGCUGUCAACAAUGUUUUUCGUUGGAAGCCAUACAUUUGAUCAGCUUUUAAGUGGUGUUCUAAAUAUUGACUACAUCACUUGGAUUCAAACACCUUUAUCACUCAAUACGGAGCGAGCCUGGCUGCAUUUAUCACGUCGGUGUGACUUUCAGGUAGACUCAAAACUUCGAAUGCCUGAAGUAACAAUGGUCGCUGGCAUUACACAAGUUAUGAAAAAGUGGAAAUAUCCAAAGAAAUUUUAA